AUGAAUGAUUACAACCGGGAAUCGCAGCAGCAUCAUGAGCCACUGCAAGAGAACCAAAGCGUCCUGGACCAGGUAGACCAAUACAUCAGUGAUCAUAACGCAGGCCGAACAAGCUCGGAACGACACAUGCUGGAUUUGGAUUUUGAAGUUGGGCUCGAGUCACGUGACACUGGCCUGGACACUUCGGAGCACGGUUCAGCAGGCCAUGACACCACGCAUUCGCACCACAUACCGUUCCAUUUUGCCCUAGAUAUACCCUCAGACGCAACAGAGCUCCAAGAGACUCGACUGGUUCAACCAGGCGUGCUUUUUUCGCCCGUUGUGUCGCCAAUGGUGGUUCCAGCGCCCGGUCGUCAUCACCAUUACCAGCAAAACGGUCUUCCGCAAUCGCAGUCACAGUCCCAACAGCCGUACCAACAACUGCAACAACAACAGCAGCAGCAAAAACUAUACCAUAACCGCAACAUCUCGGGUUCCACUUCCAAUGCCAAUACACCCCUUUUGAGGUCACAGGCUUGCGGGUCUUUGACCUCGGUUUCGUCUUCAAAACCUCAAUUUUCACCUCUUUCGUCGCCUGCCAUCGACGCACUGGACAGUCUGGCAGCUUUGAAACGAGUCUCUUCGAGCUCUUCGUCCCGUGGCAGGAAAACUCCAAUGUCAACUCCGGCUCUCACGGCGAUCACCGUGGCCACCUCUGCCGGCCAUUCUUCUUCAUCAUCCGCAGCCGGAAAUGCAGGCUCCAAAGUGGUCAAAAGUAGCCCUCAACUCCCUCGCAGGCGAUCUGGAGCUCCAGGUUACAAUCGGCGCAAGAGCGCCCUACCUGCCAAUUGGGACGAAAUGUUUGCUCUCCCAGAUAGCUCUAUUCCACCGCCAUCACUGGCGGCGGCUGCGCCAGAUGCCAGCUUCUCUCAAGGUGCAUCUCGAGAGCAUAAAGAAAACGUCACAAUUUCCCGGCCAGCCUCAAGUGUCUCCUCAACGCGAACACAAAACUCGGGCAACUCGACAAUGCCCUUAAGCAGCUUAGACCUUGAGUUUGAGAACUAUGAGUCUCAGCAACCACAGACCCACGACCCAUGUUCUGCCACAAUCGCAAAUUACCCAAAAGUAAUUCUGCCGUCCACAUCGUUUGGAAAUUCACAGCUGCCGGGCAGGACUCAACCGUCUGCAACUGGGAACACUAUCAUUAACAAUGGUUAUGAAAGUUUCAUCGUGGCCUCUGAAUCUCCCGUUAUUAAGGCUAAGAACCCAUCACCCCCAUUCCCACCACCCGCAAUAAGUCGCAAGACUAGUGCGGGGAAUGUUAACAUACGAGCAACGCCAGAGUUAAACCCAAUUCGCAAAAAUAGUAAAAACUCGCUUCAGGAUAAAGACAACGAAGAUAUGCCCGCUCAAGACCUUGACGAGUUGCUGGGCACUUCAGGGAAUGAACAACAUAGGAAAGACAUCCAUAAAGCCGCCGAGCAAGGGCGUCGCAACCGUUUGAACAAUGCUCUCACUGAGCUUCACGCAUUGAUCCCCACGGAGCUCAAAGGCUCAACUCUGGUUCCAUCCAAGGCUACAACGGUUGAACUUGCUUGCGUGUAUAUUCGUCAACUCAUUGCUAGAGGAUUGCAACCCUCUGAUUAA